AUGCCGCCCCCCUCCCCUCGCCUUAUCCUAGACGCCACACAUAUACACACCUCCUUGCGCUUGCCCACACCACCUCGCUCAGCCGGAAGACCCGCACACGCACGCCACUUGUACACCAUGGCGCCCCGGGUGGCGGACAAGUCGCCGUUGCCGCCGGCCACCGGCCUCGGACUGGGCGUUGGCGGAGUAGUCGGAGGCGUGGGCAUGGGCCCACACUACAGAGGCGUGAGAAAGCGGCCGUGGGGACGUUUCGCCGCUGAGAUCCGCGACCCUGCCAAGAAAAGCCGCGUGUGGCUAGGCACGUACGACACGGCCGAGGAGGCCGCCAAGGCCUACGACGCCGCCGCCCGCGAGUUCCGAGGCGCCAAGGCCAAGACGAACUUCCCGUUCCCGUCUCAGUGCGCCGUCGCCGCCGGCGGUGCUGGCAGCCCCUGCAGCAACAGCACCGUUGACUCGAGCGGCGGCGCCAGCGGCUGUGCCGUCCAGGCGCCUAUGCAGGCCAUGCCGCUGCCUCCGGCCCUCGAUCUCGAUCUCUUCCAUCGGGCGGCCGCCGUGAACGCGGUCACCGCAGGCGGCAUGCGGUUUCCGUUCAAGGGCUACCCCGUCGCGCGUCCAACCCCGCACCAGUACUUCUUCUACGAACAGGCCGCCGCAGCCGCUGCCGCGGCGGCCGGCUACCGGAUGCUUAAGGUGGCCCCACCGCCGGUCACCGUGGCCGCCGUCGCGCAGAGUGAUUCGGACUCCUCGUCUGUGGUUGAUCACACCCCUUCGCCUCCCGCGGUGACGGCAAAGAAGGAGGUGGGCUUCGAGCUGGAUCUGAACUGGCCGCCGCCGGCAGAGAACUAGGCACACCGGAGUUUUUAGCUGACGAAUUAGUAGUUACUUUUUUUUCCUUUUUGCCUUCAUCAGGAAUGUUACUUCUGGUUGUUUGGUCCUGUAUUCUUGUUCUGUAGACUAUGAGAUUGGGAGCCUUGUAAAUAGUUUUUUUUUUCCGCGAAGACGGAAAUGAUCUGAGAUCUGUUCGUCUGUCUGGACGGAUCAAGCCGGCGUUGGUACGGGCUUAGACCAUGGAGUAUUGAUUAUAUUAGUAGUAUAAUUCCUAAGUU